CGCGUGCCACACCCGAUGGGGUGUGCAGGGUUGGGUUUCGUUCAUUCGCGUUCCUCAAAGCCUGAGUUCGCGCAGUUUUCGCGCAGUAGCGACACCGUGCAGGGGAUCAGAGUAGCUCACACCCACCCUUCUAGACUAGCCGCUUUCAACCACGUUCGCGACAACAUCGAGGAACUUGGAAAACUCCAGGUCGCAGCCGACGACACUGAUCUACUUUUCCUGAAGGGUCUACUCGACAGUCCAGUUGUCAAUUCGCUGAUUAAGGUCCAAGAUCGUCUAGAAGACUCGCCGGCUGGUAUUGCGAAUCCAGUUUGCCAGGCGUGUGACAUAGUUGACGAUAUUGUACACGGUUUCAAAUCAUCGAAUGAUCAAAACGCAAAGGAAUUGACGAGGCUCUUGAAGAACCCACACCUCAAAGCACUGCUCGAAACCCACGACGCUGUCGCCGAACGUCGCGAAGCUACUUCGACGCCUGAUCAAUCAUUUGUAACCAACAAUAUGCCAGCCGAUGACAGAGCCGUUGCUGUUAGGGUUGUCGGGCUGCGAAGAAACCAGGACGAGCCAUUGGGACUAACGGUGCAAGUCGACGACGUAGGAAACCUCGUGAUAGCGAGAAUCUUGGGUGGUGGUACAGCGGCGCGUCAGGGUCUCUUGAGGGUCGGUGAAAUAGUUUUAGAGGUUAACGGUAAGGAUGUUCACACACCGGACGAACUGCAACAAGCCAUACACGAAGCCAAGGAGAACCUGACAUUAAAAUUGGGACCAGGACUCGCCAACGACGGUUCAAGGCCUCUAAAAUCCACGUGUUACAUGCGAGCUCUUUUCGACUACGAUCCGUCCGAAGACACAUUGCUCCCAUGCCGAGAGAUCGGUUUGCCGUUCCAGAAGGGAGACAUCCUGCAGAUAGUCGAUCAAGCAGAUCCAAACUGGUGGCAGGCUCGCCGAGUAGAGGGCGAUGGUCUGGGUGCCCCUGGUCUGAUUCCUUCACUGGAACUUGAGGAGCGUAGAAAGGCGUUCGUUCCACCAGAAGCGGACUUCGUGCACAAGAUAAGCAUCUGCGGCACGAGAAUAUCGAAGAAGAAGAAGCGCAAGAUGUACCAAUCGAAGUUAAAUGGCCAGUUCGACAGCGCCGAACUUCUCCUUUACGAAGAAGUCGCCAGAAUGCCCCCCUUCAGGCGCAAGACUCUAGCUCUCGUUGGGCCACGUGGCGUCGGACGGAGAACCCUCAAAAACAGGCUCAUCAACAGCGACCCAGACAAGUUCGGCACAAUUGUACCAUAUACAUCUCGACCUCCGAGGGUGUUGGAGGAAGAUGGAAGGAGCUACUGGUUCACGGACCGAGAAUCAAUGGAAUCUGACAUACUGGAGCACCGUUACUUGGAGCACGGUGAGCACGGUGGUCACUUGUACGGAACGAGGUUGGAAUCGGUUCGUGAAUUGAUAAGGGCAGGGAAGAUGUGCGUGCUCGACUGUAGUCCGGCAGCACUGAAGAUACUUCACAACAGUACGGAGUUCAUGCCAUACGUUAUAUUCAUCGCGGCACCUGGCAUGGAGCAGCUAAAGUCGCUGUACGAUCUCGGAAGGUCGACUGGCGCCAGUAGCAGAAAUUUGACGUUUGACCGACAAAGCUCCAUCAGGUUUAGCUCAAGGCGAGCUCGCACCCUGGAAUCACUCGCAUCCCUAUACGAGGAGGACGAUCUGAGAUCGACGCUCGAGGAAUCGGCAGCUCUGCAGCGUGCGUACGAAAAGUACAUAGACUUAGUAAUAGUUAACGAAGAUUUCGACCAGACGUUCAGACAAGUCGUUGCCGCGAUGGAGGCGCUUGCAACUGAGCAUCAGUGGGUACCGGUGAACUGGAUUUACUAGUACAUAUGAGAAACAUAUAUACAAACACCAGAA